AUGCUGGAAGAGGAAAAGGACAAAGAACAGCGAGAUCGAGUUUGUUCUGAUGAUGAGGAGGAUGAAGAAAAGGGAGGGAAGCGUGUCGUGGGACCACGAAAGAAAUUUCAAUGGAAUGAUGAAAUCAGGGAACUGCUUUGCCACUUGGUGAAGAUUAAGUUGGAUGGUUAUGACCUUGACAAGAAUAAGGCUCAGUCUCUAGAGGAUUAUGUGAAGACCUUCCUAGAUGGAGAGGUGAAGCCCCUUUGGCCAAAAGGCUGGAUGCAGGCCAGGACACUGUUUAAGGAGAGCAGGCGUGUACAUGGACACCUCACAUCAGUCCUGGCGAAGAAGAAAGUUAUAGCUCCUACUAAGGUGAAAGUGAAGGAAUCUUCCUGCAAGCCAGAUAAAAAGACAUCCGUUUCUGUUCCUUCAAUGCAGUCAAGCAGCACCUUAGCUCUUUCUUCAGAGCCCCAGGGAGGAUCUCUGGGCGUGAGUGCCCAAACCAGGGAACUCUUGUCCCUUGGGACAGCCCAAGCAGCCAGCAGCACUGGCACUCCUGCUGCCUUCAUGGACAACUCCUUGGAUGAGGACUUAAUUCAUAAUCCCACUUCCUCCCUCGACGCAGUCUCUAAGGAACUGGCUGUGCUGAACAGCAGAGCAGGAGGGAGCCCUGACUUUACUCUUCCUGGAGCUCCAAAAGCUCCACCAGAGAAGAUUCCAGCUCUUACAUCCUCAGAGGAGAAGAGGACAUUUCCAAAGUCCAACCCUUCCCCUACAUCAUCCUCUGGUUCCCUCCAGUCUCCUCUGAACUUCCUGGCUGAGCAGGCCCUGGCAUUGGGCCAGUCUUCUCAAGACAAAAAGACAGAGAACUCUAAUUACAAAGAGCUCUCCUGCCAAGCCUCCCCCAGCAAAAUCCUUCCUGAUGCACACCAGGCUAAACAGAAACACCACAACCUGGUCCGGCCAAGCCAUGGGCCUCAGGCCUCCACCCCAGUGCUGGGUUCUCAGGUGAAGGUCUUUCACUCAGGCAGUCAGCUACAGAAAACUUUCACCUCCCCAGCUCCAUUUGUCAAACUGCAGAAUCCCAAGUCCUCCUCACCACUGCCCCAGCGCUCUCUCCUCCAGCCAGUCAAGUCAGCAACCAAAGCUCAGAGCUUCCAUUCCUCUGUGUCACCAGGCAGCACCCAAAACUCCAGCAGCUCCCACAAGAGCCCAGGCUCAUCCUCAUCAUCUCUCAGCUACACAGGAAAGCACUCAAGUGGUUCUAGCUCUUCAGGACAAUCUUACAAAUCACCCUUCGUUUCUGGUUCCCUCUCCAAGCACGGGACUUCUUCCGGCAGCUCCUCAUCUGGAGCUUCUGCAAACCAGGGCUGCUCCUCUGGGAGCUUGCUGCCCAAUGUGCAGACCCCUUCCGUGGGCCAGGCGUCCAGCCGCCCGUCCUCGAGCUCCUCAGUGAAGAAGACACCUGUUUCGCAGAAGCUGACUCUGGUGGCACCUCCUGGAGGUUCAAACGGAGAUUCUAGCGGGGGCACUCAAGGGGUGGCCAAAUUGCUGACCUCCUCCCUGAAGCCAGCUGUUGUUAGCAGCACUGCAUCUUCUACCUCUGUGCCGAAAGGAACUAGUGGAGCUGUGCUGCUAACGAGUUCUUCCUCCUUAAGUGUACUGGCUCCAUCCUACAAGUCCAGCAAUCCAAAGCUGCCAGCUGCCCUGAGCUCUACCCCGUUAGGUAUUAUCUCUCCUAUUCAUUCCUUCCCUCUUCAUGUCAUCUCCUUCAGUUCAGACUCCUCCCCAAAAGCAGGAGUAUCAAAGGAUGCAAUAGUUACGGGACCUGCUCCAGGAACUUUCCACCACGGCCUUGGCCACAGUCUUCUAGCUGGCUUGCACUCCAGCCCCCACCAUGCAGCGCCACUCCCACAUUCUGCCCUGUCCACUCAUUUACCGCAAAGUUUGCCAGAUGCUUCUCAGCUUCACGGCAAAGGGUCCAAUGCACAGCAGCGCAAGUUGUGACAUCUGCAAGGAGGGGAGCUAGAGCACACAUAGGAAGGAUAAAACCAAGAGGAACAGGUCAUGAACUUUGGAUACCGGCUGCCUUUUUUUUUUUUUUCCUUCUUUUUUUCCCUCAUGACAACUGGAGAGACUGAACUGCAAUGAGGAACUCAUUGGUGCAUUUGCUCAGAGGCUUUCAGAGCUAAGCCUCGCACAAAGGGCCACCUUGAGCCAUGCCCUAAUGAGAGAAGCAUUUUGUAGCACUGUUUUAUUGCUGCUGCCCUUCAUGCAUUCCCUGGCACUGGCAGGAGCUAGAACUCACAGGGAGAUCUGAGUGGCUUGGCUUUCUUGCAGCGAAUUCCCACCCACCUGUGUCUAUAUCUGCCAAGUACCUCCAAGUCCAGUUACCUCCUUGGUCUCCCAGUGGCAGGUAUGAAAGGUGCUUCUUUCUUCUGCUUUGGAUUUACUUGGAUAAUUCUAGCACUGCCAGUGCUUUCUGAAGAUAUUUGACUAACUUUUCAAUUGUACUAUAAAACUGUGCUACAGUUAAUUGGAGGAUUUAACAUUUCCUGUGUGAUGAAUCUAACGAACCACCUAAUGUUCCCCUCUGGAGAAGAAGGAAGACUCUUUAGAGAGACAUUUUUAGAUGCAGUCAUUGACUUCGAGAAUUCUACUUCUUUUGAGUUUUGGAUUUUAUUUCUCCAAAGGGAUGCUUUUUUUCCUGCUCAGUUUUAUCCUCACUACCAUCAAAUGCAUUGGAUGAAUGGGACACUUCUUGGCAUGUCAUAUGUAUAGGAAGACAUAAUUCCAGUGCCUUUAAGGUGGUGCAAGAAUGGACUAGUGACACACAUUUCAGCCCUAUUUUGUGUGUUCCUGAACCCUUUUUUAAUCAUUCUGUAUUUAAAAUGUAUUCUGUUUUAUUUAAUAGAGCUUUUUAUGGUUGCACAUCAAAAAAAAGC